GUGUGGUUGCAGCAGUAUGGCUACCUGCCCCCAGGUGAUGUCCGAGCCCAGGCUAUCCGUUCUCCCAAGUCCAUCACAACAGCCAUCACAGCCAUGCAGAGGUUCUACGGCCUGGCCGUCACCGGAUCUAUCGACAUCAACACCCUACAGUGAGUACCAUGACACAAAAUGGAGGGCUAAAUAGAACAAUGAGUCCUGCUGACCUGAGAUACGUAACCACUGUGAGAAUUGCACUGCUAAUGCAAUUGCACUGAGCAACCUCACUCAUAAAGCCCCAUAGUAUUUUAUGUUUUUAGAGCACAAAAGAAUCAAAGAGUCUCAGGACAAGUCAGAAAUGAAAUAGUUAAUGGCACAGUGAGUGAGAUUGACAGGUGUGUCUUGCCAUUGCCAGGGCGAUGAAGCGGCCGCGUUGCGGUGUUCCGGACAAGUUUGGCUCUGAGCUGAAGAGCAACCUGAGGAGGAAGAGAUACGCCGUACAGGGGCUGAAGUGGGACAAACAAGAGGUCACAUUCAGGUGAGACUACAAUACUGCUUUAGUACAACAACACACAGUUUACUAGCCUGGUCCCAGAUCUGUAUGUGUACUUGCCAACAUUUGGCAUGAUAAUGAGUGACAGGGAGUUGGUAUGAUGGCACAAACAGACUGGCACUUAGGCAACAGUUGUAAUGUCUGUGUAAGUCUAAUUUUCUAUCAAGUCUUGUGAACAUUUUUGUAUCAUUUGAAUCAGACUAAAUGUAAAUUAACCAAGAUCUGAUUCUAAAGGAAUACUGAUUCAAAUCAAAACAGAUUCAUAUUGAGCUUGCAUCAAGGAAGUAUUGCACAAAGUUCCACAAAAGAAUGCAGAGGAAGAACCAAUACACACUUUAGAAGAUCUUGUUAAAUAUUUUAUCUUUAAAAUGUACUAACAUCUGCUAUUUCCUCCCUGUCUCUCUCCUAGCAUACAGAACUACACCCCUAAGAUAGGGGAGCAUGCUACAUACGAGGCCAUCCGCCGGGCGUUUAAGGUGUGGGAGGCAGUCAUCCCUCUCCGCUUCCGAGAGAUCCCUUACAGCCACAUCCGGGACAAGGUCGACAAGUACGCUGACAUCAUGCUGUCAUUCUCCGAGGGUUUCCACGGCGACAGCACGCCGUUCGACGGCGAGGGCGGCUUCCUGGCUCACGCAUACUUCCCCGGGAACGGGAUAGGGGGUGACACGCACUUCGACAACGCUGAACCCUGGACAACCGGCUACGUCGACCAAGGGGGUAGGUGAACUGGAUGGAGGAGGAGGAGGAGGGGAAGGGAAAGGAGGAAGAAGGAAAGGAGAUGGUCAGAAAGAGGGUUUUCACUGGGUUGUCUGUUAGCCGUAAUACAGUCAUUCACAAUUAUACAGUACUGCUAGGGCGUCAGUACUUUGUUUGGUGAACGUGCUACCUACUCUUAGGCAAAAAGGGAGAGGAGACGAGAGAGAGAGAAGGAGCCGAGAGUCGAGAGAGCGAUAGCGCGAGAGGAGAGAGAGAGAGAGACUCAUCUCUAGCGAUCGCUAGAGUAGCGAUCUCUAGAGAUCUCUCUAUCGCUCAUCUCGCAUCUCUUCUCUCUCUCUCCUCUCUCUUUCUCUCUCUCUUCUCUCUCCUCUCUCUCUCUCUCUCUCUCUAAUUCAAAUAGCUUUAUUGGCAUGACAAACAUUGUGUAAAUAUUGCCAAAGCAUCAAUGUUACAACUUCAUUGAGUCAUAUACAUUGUAAUAAAAUAAAAUAGUAAUAAUAAAAAGUAUCUCUCUCUGCAGGUAAUGAUGUGUUCCUGGUUGCGGUCCAUGAGUUGGGUCAUGCCCUGGGUCUAGAACACUCCAACGAGCCGUCUGCCAUCAUGGCUCCAUUCUACCAGUGGAUGGACACAGAGAACUUCCAGUUACCUGAUGACGAUCGCCAUGGCAUCCAGGCAAUCUAUGGUAAACUCCCAGUUCCAUUGUAAUGCUGUAGGUAUGUUCUUGGAAUGUUAUAACAAUGUUCCUGGAUUGUUACAGCAAUGCUAAAAAGGUUCUAAUCUAGUUCAUCAUUACACAGCAUGAAGGACGUUUCAAAUCACAUUCUGUUCAUAAAACAUUCUGUUGACUUUGGGAAUUCACUCAGUCCCCUCAGUUCUACCUCUGCUUAUAGGAUUUCCUUAUUUUGUACUGACUGUGUUCCACCACAGGGUCGUCCGGAGCGCCACCCCCUCCCCCCCGCCCCACCAGACCCUCCAAGCCAGACCACCCUGGACUCGGACCAGACGUCUGCGAGGGACACUUCGACACCAUCGCCAUCCUCAGGGGGGAGAUGUUUGUCUUUAAGGUUGAUAUUGACAUAAAUGUACUUACUUACACACACUGAGAAGGACUGAAUGACACAAAACUACCAAAACUUAGGUGUACUGUACAAUGCAAACACUCACCGUCUCUCUGGUCCAGGAUCAGUGGUUGUGGUGUGUGUGUACAGCUAUGAACUGUGUUAACUCUAUGUCUCUGUCUCUCUGGUGCAGGAUAAAUGGUUAUGGCGUGUUCGGAACAACAAGGUGCUCCAGGGUUACCCCAUGCCCAUCGGUCACUUCUGGAAGGGACUGCCACCAAACAUCAACGCUGCCUAUGAGAGGAACGAUGGCCAAUUUGUCUUCUUCAAGGGUUGGUCUAGUUUUUUUUAAAAUCAGUUGUUUGCAAGAUUACUUUUCAUUAAUAACAAUUAUGUCUAGUAGUUAUUCAUUAUUGUUGUAUUUACAGUAUGUAGGUUACUUCUAAAACUCUUUGCAGAUUUAUGUAGUCAUAUUUUCUUUAUUCUCUCUGUCCCUAGGUGACAAGUACUGGGUGUUCACAGAGUCCAGUAUGGAGCAGGGUUAUCCUAAGAGUCUGAAGGAGCUGGGUACAGGGCUGCCCAAAGACAAGCUGGAUGCUGCCCUCUUCUACACCCCCACCGGACAGACAUACUACUUCAGAGGGACCAAGUGAGUCAGUAUGUCUGUCUGUCUGUCUGUUGGUCGGUGGGUCUGUCUGUCUGUCUUUUUUUCUUUCUCUCCCUCUCUUUCUUCAUCCACUAUCCUCCACUCUCUUCUACGUCUAUCUACCCAUACCUAUCCUCUCUCUUUCCCCCAUUCUUUCUCCUUUUCCUCUCCGUAACUGACUUCCCCUCUCUCUCUGUCUGUCAGGUAUUACCGUUUCAAUGAGCAGUCCCAGACUGUGGACAAAGACUACCCCAAACCCAUCAACACAUGGCAGGGCGUCCCCGACAACGUCAAGGCUGCCAUCAUGAGCGAAGAAGGAUGUAAGUGUGUGUGUGUGUGGGACAGAGAGUUGCAUGCCUGCAUGUUUGAACGCUAUCUUGUGUCAGUGUCACAGAACAUUUCUAUGAACGAUAAGAAGUGGUACACUAGUAUAACACCUUAACACAUAUAUAUAAUAUAGUAGAAUAUCUGAAGCUCGUAAUAAAGUCAAUGUUUGUAUGAACUUCCCUUUUCCCCCAGCCUACACCUACUUCUAUAAAGCCAACAAGUACUGGAAGUUCAACAACCAACACAUGAGGGUGGAGUCGGGCUACCCCAAGUCGGUGCUCAGCGAAUGGAUGGGCUGUGCGGGGGAGGAGCCUAAGAAGCGGGACGGCGAGGAGGAAGUCAUCAUCAUCGAGGUGGAGGAGGAGGGAGAAGGCGGGGUCACGGCGGUGGCCGUGGUGAUCCCUCUCCUCCUAUUGGUCUGCGUGGUCCUCACUCUGGGAGCCCUGCUGUUCUUCAGGAGGUACGGGACGCCACGACGUCUCCUCUACUGCCAGAGAUCUCUACUGACUAAGGUUUAGAGACGGAGUGAAUGAACCAAUGACGCAGAGGGACUGAGAAAGAGAGUGACUGAACGAAUUGAAAGAUUGAAAGAAAGAGGGGAGAGGGAG